CUGUGUGAAUGGAACCAUGACUGAGUCCUUGGUCCACCUGUGGCAUGGAGACCGUAUAUUAUGGGGCAACAACCACUUCUUCAGGAUAAACCUGCCUGGGCGUAAGAGGCGUGAGCGUCUGAAGGAGCUGGAGAGGGAGCGUGCGUCCCCCAGGGAGAGCUUUGUAGAGGUGGACGUAGAGACAGCCAGCGAGGCCUCCUCUGAACAGGACUACAGCUAUGAGUUCGCCCAGAUGGAGGUCAUGAUGAAGACCCUGGGAAACAACGAUCCCAUGCAGAACGUGGUCCAGGUCUUAGAGAAGCAGUACCUGGAGGAGAAACGCACGGCGCUGGAGGAACAGAGGAUGAUGUACGAGAGAGAGCUGGAGUCACUACGGCAACAGCUGUCUCCUGAGAGGACCAAUCAGCACCAGCGAUCCAGCAGCGACCGCCUCACCUUCCCCACACACACACCAUCACAUCACAGCAAGAUACGCCUCUGGACUGAGGAGAGGGACGAGCUGUUCCGUCAGAGUCUGUCCAGGCUGAGGGAGCAAGUUGUGAAGGCUAACGCCCUGGUGAGAGAGGCCAACUUCCUGGCAGAGGAGAUGAACAAACUGACUGACUACCAGGUCACCCUCCAGAUCCCUGCAGCUAACCUCAGCGCCAACCGCAAGCGUGGAGCCAUAGUGAGUGAACCAGCCAUCCAGGUGAGGAGGAAAGGGAAGGGGACUCAGGUGUGGACCAUCGAGAAGCUGGAGAACAAACUAGUGGACAUGAGAGACCACUACAGAGACUGGAAGGAGGGAGCAGAGGACAUGUAUACCAAGCUGAACAACCACAAGCAGCACAGUGAGCCCUUCUAUGAAGCUCAGGAGAACCACAACCUGAUAGGAGUGGCCAACGUCUUUCUGGAGUGCCUUUUCCACGACAUCAGACUACAGUACGCUGUUCCCAUCAUCAGCCAGCAGGGGGAGGUAGCCGGCAGGCUCCACGUAGAGCUGAUGCGUGUUAGCGGUGCGGUGCCGGAGAGGCUGGCGGGGGGAGAUGACUCGUCAGAGAACUCCAGUGAGAGCAGUUUCUACGAUGUGAUGGACACACAGGGAGAGAUCGUCCACAUGGCCAGGAAACUCACCUGCAGGGUACGUAUCAGGGAGGCCACGGGGCUGCCUCUCAACCUGUCCAACUUUGUCUUCUGCCAGUACACCUUCUGGGAGGGGGCGGAGCCUACGGUGGCCCCGCCCAUGGUCAGCCCAGACACGCCCACCACGCCCCGCACCCCCGACGCCCAGUUCACUGUCCGCUUCGACCACUGCAAGGACAAUGUGGUCCAUGUGACGGAGGAGUUUUUAGAGUUCAUCUCAGACGGGGCGCUGGCCAUCGAGGUGUGGGGUCACCGCUGUGCCGGGAACGGACGCUCUCUCUGGGAGCUGGACGCACUGCAAGCCAAGACACGCACACUACGAGACAGGUGGAGUGAGGUGUCUCGUCGGAUUGAGCUGUGGGCUUCUAUCCAGGAGCUGAAUGAGCAGGGGGACUACUCUGAUGUAGAGAUGCAGCCAGAGAAGGACAUCAGUACUGGAGGAGUGUUCCAGCUCAGACAGGGUCACUCUCGCAGGCUGCAGGUCUGUGUGAAGCAGGUGCAGGACUCUGGGACUCUUCCUCUGUUGGUGGAGGCUGUUCUGUCUGUCUCUGUCGGCUGUGUGUCUGCACGCUCCACCAAGCUGCAGAGACCCCUGGACAGCUAUCAGAGGGAGGAGGAGGAGGAUGGAGAUAUGGAUAGUUAUCAGGAGGAGGAUCUGAACUGCGUGAGGGAGCGCUGGUCUGAGGCCCUCAUCAAACGACAAGGGUACCUGGACGAACAGAUCAACAAGAUCAUCAACAAACAGGAGAAGUCAGAGGAGGACAUGGAGAGGGAGGCCAGGCUGGUGGAACAGUGGGUAGGGCUGACUGAGGAGAGGAACGCUGUAUUGGUGCCCGCGCCUGGCAGUGGCAUACCUGGUGCCCCUGCCCACUGCGCUCCCUCUGCUGGGAUGGAAGCUCACAUCCCUGUCCUCUUCCUGGACUUGAAUGCAGACAACCUGACAGUGAAUGAACAGUUAACAGGACCCAACGCUGCCGGGGUUAACUCUAUCCUGCCCAAGGAGCAUGGUAGCCAAUUCUUCUACCUGCCCAUCAUCAGACACAGUGAUGACGAGGUGUCAGCGGUGUGCUCCUGGGACUCAUCCAUCCACGACUCUGUGCACCUGAACCGCGUGACGUCACCCAACGAGCGUAUCUACGUGAUCAUUAAAGCCACGGUGCAGCUCUGCCACCCGGCCUCCAUGGAACUGGUGGUCCGAAAGAGGAUCUCUGUCAACAUCUACAACAAACAGAGCUUCACCCAGAGUCUGAAGAGGAGGAUGUCCUUGAAGAACACGCUGUACUCCUGUGGAGUCACUUAUGAGAUUCUGUCAAAUAUACCAAAGGCGUCUGAGGAGCCUGAGGAGAGAGAGACCCUGGCCCUGAUGGCAGCGAGGGGAGACGGUGAGGACAGUCAGGAUGGACAGACGUAUAUAGAGCACUACACCAGGGGAGUUCUGGAGGUGGAGAAUAUACUGAUCCUGGAGAGACUCAGACAGGCGGUGACGGUGAAGGAAGCUCUGUCUGUUAAAGGGAGAAACAUCAGAAGGAGUUUCAGCACCCCCAACGUACAGCACUCUUCCUGCAGCAAAACAGACCUGACUGGCUGUGAGGAUGGAGACUGGAAGGGUGACUGUCAUCAGGAUGUCUCUGACUGCACUCUCCAGGACGGUGGUUCUCUGUGUGGGACGCCACUCAAAAACAAGACAGAGAAUCACGGUCUGGUACCAGAGAGCCACAUCUUCUUCAACUCUAGCCCGUUCAAGGCCCUCUCUCCCCAGACGCCCAAGUUCCUCAAGUCCCUGCUGCCAGUCAGAGAAGAGAGGAAGACCAAGAGAGUCCUGGAGGCACGACCACUACUGGGACAGGAGAGCAUGCGCUCCUCAUGUGUGGACAGCUCCGUGCUGCUCCCCCCUCCCUGCCACGGCCAUGCCCCCUGGCGCAGGCCUCGAGCGGGCAGCGAGGGCCACCGCACCCCCUUCACCGCCACCCUCACCCCCUCCACCCUCACCCUCAGUACCUGCACCAGCAGACAGCUCAGCCUCACACUGCCACACACCGCUGACUCUGAGGAGGAGGCAGACAUGGAAAUGGCCCUGAGUUUUGGCAUGGGCCCUCAGCACUUCCACAGCUUCCAGUCCUACAUCCCAGAGGACUUUGCCAACUUUGAGGUGUACAACGCUACCCUGGAGACCCAGGAGGGGGUAGUGUGUGUGGCGGGGGGCAGGGGAGAGCUGAGGGGGGGUCGGGGAGGGCGGGAUAAAGAGGUGGCUCCACGGAGCCCCACCGCCAGCAGCUGCACCAGCGGUUACUUCUCCCACAGUGCCUCGGACGCCACGCUCUCUGACGUGCCCUUCGGCGCCAGCGACAGCUCCGACCAGCUCAGCGCCUCCGCGAUGGCUCAAGAGAGGAAUGACUCUGACCGGGACACCCACCACCUCCAUCCCCACGAGACCCCCUCCUUCGACUGCACCCAGACCAGAGGUGCCUCGCCGUGGGGUGACACCCAGACCCCUGCGUGUCCCCCUGGUGUCCCUUCCCAGCCCCUCCCCACCCCCCAAACCACCACCUCCCCUGUCAGUAUUCCUAACUGCUCGGAGCAGCAGCCCUCUCCGCUGCCCCACAGGUGUGUCCUCAGCGUCAGCCAGGAGUUUACAGACUUCAAGGGGGCCGACGACGGCAUGGGGGAUCUGGGUGAGCUGGGACACUUCCAGGAAGGAUGGCAGCCUGGGGACGCACCACACAUAUCCCCUGUCCAACAAGAGAAGAAGAAAGAGGUCUCUGACAAACACGCGGUCGUCAUCAACACACAACAACAACAACAACAUACAUCUCACCCCGGUAACGCCCCGCUCCCUCAGAACCACUCCCACCUCCACAACGGCAAACCGUGUGUCAGCAGCGUAGCCGUACCCUGCCCACCCCCCUCCAGCCCCCCAGGCCAGCUAGCAGGAGGAGAGCCCCAGAUCCAGGAGCCGAUCCAGGGAGACCUACCUCCAGGGAGCCCCUGUCCCAGCCCUAGCUGCCCCAGCCCCAACCCCAGCAGCACUGAGGCCUCUGGGGACUCCUCUAGCGGGGACGAGGGCUCUGGCUCUGGUUCUCCGGUGGCCCAGCUGCCUGACUGGAUGGCUCCCGGGGAGCAGGUAUGGGUGGGGAAGAGGAGUGGCACAGUGCACUACGUCGGGGGGGUGGAGUUCGCCAAGGGGAUCUGGGUCGGUGUGCAGCUGGACCUGGCUGUGGGCAAGCACAACGGGACAGUCCAGGGGAGGGUUUACUUCCGCUGUCCUCCAGGCUACGGGGUGUUCGUCAAGCCCUCCUGUCUCACCAGAGGACCCCCCUCCAUGGACACCACAGACCCCCAGCCCCUGGUCUGAUCAAAUUCACAAAACUCCCCAAAUUCCCAGUCUUUCCAGGAAUCCCGGUUGGAAGAUUCCUGGAAUCAGCAGGAACUCCAGAAUCCUCCAACUAGGAUUUCUGGAAAUCCUGGGAAAUUUGGGAAAGUUACUCUCCACCCAGGACUAUCGCCUAAAGGGGGUCCCCAGAUCCAGAACAGUUCCUACUAGACCUGGCCCAGAUCCAGAACAGGGCCUUCUAGACCAGGCCCAGAUCCAGAACAGUUCCUGCUAGACCAGGCCCAGAUCCAGAACAGUUCCUACUAGACCAGGCCCAGAUCCAGAACAGUUCCUACUAGACCAGGCCCAGAUCCAGAACAGUUCCUACUAGACCAGGCCCAGAUCCAGAACAGUUCCUACUAGACCAGGGCCAGAUCCAGAACAGUUCCUGCUAGACCAGGGCCAGAUCUAGAACAGUUCCUACUAGACCAGGCCCAGAUCCAGAACAGUUCCUACUAGACCAGGGCCAGAUCCAGAACAGGGCCUGUUAGACCAGGGCCAGAUCUAGAACAGGGCCUGUUAGACCAGGGCCAGAUCCAGAACAGUUCCUACUAGACCAGGGCCAGAUCCAGAACAGUUCCUACUAGACCAGGGCCAGAUCCAGAACAGUUCCUACUAGACCAGGCCCAGAUCCAGAACAGUUCCUACUAGACCAGGGCCAGAUCCAGAACAGUUCCUACUAGACCAGGGCCAGAUCCAGAACAGUUCCUACUAGACCAGGGCCAGAUCCAGAACAGUUCCUACUAGACCAGGGCCAGAUCCAGAACAGUUCCUACUAGACCAGGGCCAGAUCCAGAACAGUUCCUACUAGACCAGGCCCAGAUCCAGAACAGUUCCUACUAGACCAGGGCCAGAUCCAGACCAGUUCCUACUAGACCAGGGCCAGAUCCAGAACAGUUCCUACUAGACCAGGGCCAGAUCCAGACCAGUUCCUACUAGACCAGGCCCAGAUCCAGAACAGUUCCUACUAGACCAGGGCCAGAUCCAGAACAGUUCCUACUAGACCAGGGCCAGCUGUCAGUGCUCAACAGAACCAGCUCCUCUUCUCUCAAUCUCACCAUCCACCCUUCUGUUCCACUAGAUCAGACAUGUUCUGUCUGUCAGUAUAAACGUCUGCUUUCCCUUUAGCCCAUCUGACCCGUGUGUUUUAUAAAGGCAUAUCGUUGUUCACUGAAAGUCAAGUUUUCUACUGCGUUAUUUUAGCUUGAGAGCCUCUAGAUGGAGAGACAUUACCUACAUGUGUUUUUCUAACGUUAGUAUCAUUGAAUCAGCUCAGCAGCUCAUAUUUAUGUUCAGACACCAGAUCUUCCUGUAAUGGUAACAGAGGGUUGUCAUCUGGGGUGUGUGGAUCGAGAAUGUACUACUGUUGAUAACUCACUGAUAUCCGGAUUUGUUAUCGAAGUCACUGUGAUACGUCGUCAGGGGUAACCAAAGAACUAUGGUUUUAUAUCUGCUGUUUAAACUGAUGUCUUAUGUUACUUAGUGUGUGUGUGUGUGUGUGUGUGUGUGUGUGUGUGUGUGUGUGUAUGUGUGUACAUAUUAUAUGUGUGUCAAAGUAACGCAUAGUGCCUAGGCCACGAGUCUUCCUGAACUUUUGGGCCGUCAUGAAUUGAUUAAUCAUGAAUAUGAAGAGGUACAGGACGUAUGACUGUGGUUGCCAUGUUGCCCAUGUAGGCUUCAUUAGCCUGUUGGUGGUGGUGGUGGUGGUGUACUGUAACACUGUGGAUUGACAGAUAACCCCCCCCCACACCCACUGAAACUAUUGGGACUGUUGCCAUUGCUGACUGACUGAAUCAUGCUUCUUGCACUGGAGUGGAUCAAGACAGUCUUCUGUCUUCAAUUCAGGACAAAUGAAACGUGUACUAUCCUAUCUAUGCGUGUUUCUCAGUUUCUCAACUGUACUACAUUGUACCUCUCUAGGGGGUGGAAACUGAGGCGUCCAUGUUGGAUCUAUGCUGUGUCAGCUAUCUGAAUGAAGCGACAAGGCUUCCUCUGGGUCGUAUUCACUAGGCACAAAACAGAAGAGUACAUGAACUUGUCCAAUAAGAAACUUUGUUUUGCGGAACGUUUUGCUACAGUGAACACUAAUGAAUAUGACCCCGGUUGUGAGGCUAACUUCACUGACUAUACAAAACAUUAAGAACCCAUGCUCUUUCCAUGACAUAGACUGACCAGGUGAAUCCAGGUGAAAGCUAUGA